AUGAGUAUUUUGUGCAUGCACAGCAACGGGCUAAUCCCCUUGAUAUCUAUAAUAGACCAUCCAAUGGCUGUUUUAUUCUUCCUUAGCACCCGAAGUAGUUUCUCUUUCUCCACUUCAUUGUUGGAUAUAACAAAAGAUGUUGAGGAUGAAAAGUCCAACAUACUCAAAAAGUCCAGCGAAGUAGCUGUUUCCCCGUUACAGGAUGAGGAAGAUGUUUGUCCCACUUGUCUUGAAGAAUAUGACUCUGAAAACCCAAAAAUCAUUACCAAAUGUGAUCAUCAUUUUCACCUUGCUUGUAUUCUUGAAUGGAUGGAAAGAAGUGAUACAUGCCCUGUUUGUGAUCAGUUAAUGGUUUUCAGUCCUGUUAUUGGCGGAUAGUGUCAGAUGCUGCAGUUGGUGUCUCAACUUUGGGAUUAGAGGGUCUGAGGUGGUGAAUGCACAGGAAGGUUUGGUUCCAGUUUCAGUUACAGCAUUACCUGUAGUUUUUAUAUUUUGUUUUUCGAGACACAUUUAUAUUUUAACUUUGAAUUUCAGAUCAAAAGGAAAAAAAUUUGAAAAAAUGUUUAGAAACACGAAAGAUAUCAUAAAAAAUAUACAGAUAAACAUUCUGUUCCGAAUAUAUAUCAUAUAUGCUAUCCGAAGGUAAGAAGUUACACAUGGGAGUUGAGUGCUGAAGCGGGAGAUAAAAGAUGGAAACAAACCACUUUUUCUGAACAAAAAAGAGUAUUAGUUUCUUGGUUAGUUUAGAUUCUUCAAUUACAUGGUGGACAUGCCAUCAGUUGGAAGUUUCUUAGCAAAGGUAUUGGUCAGCUUGUUUUGCAAACAUAGGCGAAAGGUCAGGUGAUGUGUGUUUGGAUUCAUUUGUAUAGAAAAUCCCAAUUUUUGGAUAUCAAUUUCAUACACAAAUUGCUAGGGACUAAAGUGCAAAGUCAUGUUUUUACUUC